CACGCACACACACACACAGAAGAGAGAGCGAGGUGGGGGGGUGAAAUGCCUCACAGUUGGUACAUGCAUAGUUACUAGCAAACCCCUCAGGGGACACAGAGGAUUUGGCAGCAGUGUAGGAAAGGAGUGGACAGUGGUGGGACAGGGGCGUGACCUGGGCUUUUGUUGGGGAAGUACAAAGUCAGGCUCGAGGUCCCUGAGGAGGGUAGGGGUCUGUCUGUCCCCCAUAUAAAGCUGUCGUAUGGACCCCCGCAAAGAAGAGACUCACAUGCAGUGGCUCCGAUCCCUGUUGAAGUAAAGCAUCCUAACCAAGGAUACAUUCGUGACAGUUUUGAAACAGGUUGUAAAUCACAGCACUUGCUGGAUGUCAGUGUGUUUUUUUUUCUGAUUGCACCGGAACCAAGACAAAGUGAAUACAGUCGUACUGCAGAGUCGUCCACCUCUGAAAAUGGCAGCUGUAGAAGCUCAGCAGCUUGAUGAGCUAUGCUUCCUGACGGCCCAGUCCAUGACCAGCCUGAGGACCUCAGACCACUUCCAGAUCGUCAAGCUGCUGGGAGAGGGCUCCUACGGCAAGGUGAUGCUGGCCGUGCACAGGAAGAGAGGCACUCCGAUGGCUCUGAAGUUCUUCCCACGCAAGUCAACCUCCCUUGCCUCCUUUCUGCGCGAAUACCACCUCUCCCUCUCCUUCUGCACCCAUCCCUCGCUGACGCGAGCCCUGGGCAUCUUCUAUUCCACACCUUCCUACUAUGUCUUUGCCCAGCAGGCCGGCCUCUACGGUGACCUCUACAAUGUCAUCGUGUCAGAGGUGGGGGUGGGGGAGGAGUGUGUGCAGAGGGUGAUGGCGCAGCUCAGCGGCGCCGUGACCCACCUGCACUCCCUGGGCUUCGUCCACCGCGACAUCAAACCCGAGAACAUCUUCCUGUGCGACCCCGCCUGCCGCUGGGUGAAGUUGGGUGACUUCGGCCUGGCCCGGCCCAUCGGCACCAGUGUGCGCGGCGUCUGGUACGACUCGCCCUUCUGCACGCCUGAGGUGGAGCCCGUCAAGGCCCUGGAGCAGGAGAACGCGCGGCGGCAGCUCAGCGGGGACCUGGAGCCCGUGGAGCCGUUGUGGAUGACAGUGGAGCCCAGCGUGGACAGCUGGGCGCUGGGAGUGCUCAGCUACUGCCUGCUCACCGGCUGCUUCCCCUGGGAGGAGAGCACCCGCGACGCCUCCGGCUACCGCAGGUUCAGGGAGUGGUUCGAGCGCGAGGCCGAGCGGGACAGCGACGGGGAGGACAGGUACCAGGAGGAGGAGGAGGAGAAGGAGAGGGAGGACAGGAGGAGCAACCCUCUGCCCACUCAGUUCAAGGGCUUCAGUCGGCUGGUCAUUGCUCUCUUCAAGGAACUGUUGCACCCCCUGCCCGAGCAGCGGGGGAGCCCCGAGGAGAUCCUCAGCUACCUGGGAGGCCCCUGGCUGAAGGAGAACGAGGAGCAGCAGGAGAGGAAGGAGGCGGAGGCCGAGAAGGAGGCCAGGAACAUAAGCGGGAGAGCAGGAGUGGAGGAAGAACCCGAGAGAGAGGGCCGGGCAGAGAGAUAGACUUUUGUUGGCAUUUAUUUUUAGUAAAUCGUUGAUAUUCAUAUUUUUUCAUAUAAAGAAUAAAUAACUGGGAAAAAGUGUGUGAUGGGAUGCUGCUGUAGAAUAUUGCUUCUUCUUCUGUAAAUUGCUCCAUAAUAAUGAUGUAUGUUGUAUGUUUCUAAGUGUGUUUGUGUGCAAGUGUAUGAGUAUGUGGUAUGUAUAGUAUAUGUAUUAAUAUAUGUUCCCCAAAAAGUAGCUAAUAUCAUAAUGUUUUGAUCAAAAGCUGUAUUAUACUGUUGAAUUUUCUUUUUCAAUUAUUUUGCGGAUAGAAUUAAUGAAAUGUAUAGUUUAUGAGAAAUGUAUUGAAAAUGUUUUGAAACGAAAACUGGUGCUAUCUACUAUGAUGUAAUGCGAGUUUUCGGAGCACAACACAUUCAGCACUAUGGUAGCUGAAUGUUACCAUGAGGGAUGGGGGAAAUAUGGCAAAUUAAAUAACCAUUCCACUCCUUUGUUUAUGAACAGUGGCUAUAAGCUCCUUAUAGUUAUCAUUUUACAUAAUGUGUAAAUUAUGACUUUGUUCAUGACUGUGUUCUUCGGUGAGGUUUGAAAAGCGAUGGCGGUUGAAGGAUGAUUCAACUGAUUACGAUGAAACCUUAAGAUUUUAUAGAUGAAGUUCAUAAAAUAUCUGAAAAUAAAUCUUUGAAAUUACA